AUGGGGCCUCUUAUUCAAGUGUUGCGAUUAGCUGAUAAUGAGAAAAAACCCGCAAUGGGGUACAUUUAUAAAGCUAUGGAUAGAGCUAAGAAGGCUAUUGCAAAGGCGUUUGAAGGGAAUAUUGCAAAGUACAAAGAUAUCUUUAAGAUUAUUGAUGAAAGAUGGCAAUGCCAAUUGCAUCAUCUAUUACAUGCAGCUGAACAUUAUCUAAAUCCAGAGUUCUUCUAUCAAAAUCCAGCUAUUGAAAAUUGUACAGAAGUAACAGAUGGGUUGUAUGCUUGUAUUGAAAAAUUGGUUCCAAGCACUAAAGUUCAAGAGAAGAUUAUGUCGGAGAUACCACUGUACACUAAAGCUGAACAACAAUUUGGCCUUCCGAUUGCAAAAAGAUCUAGAACAACAAGAUCUCCUGUUGAAUGGUGGAAUUUAUAUGGUAAUUCGGCUCCUCAUCUCCAAAAAUUGGCCAUUAGAAUUUUGGGUUUAAUGGCUAGUGUUGCUGGAUACGAGCGUAAUUGGAGCGUAUUUGAGCAUAUCCAUACCAAAAAAAGGAACAGAGUGGAGCACCAAAGAUUGAAUGAUCUGGUGUAUGUUAAGUACAAUCGAGCUUUAAAAGCCCGUUAUGACUUGCAGAGUGUUAUUGAUCCAAUUUCUUUGGAUAACAUUGACCAUAGUAAUGAGUGGUUGGCUGGGAGAAUGGGCGUUAAUGUGGAAGCAGAAGAUGAGUUGGUAUUUGGUGAUGACAGCUUGACUGGGGGUGAUGUUGCAAGAGCGUCAGAAGAUGAGAUUAUUUCUGAUGAGUCAAGGGAAGAAGAGAUUGGAGGCUAUAGUUCUGGUGAUACCAAUGAGGAUCACCCUAUUGAGGAAGAUUAUAUGGAGGAAUAUUAUUUUAGUGAUUAG